GCAGGGCAGGGCAGGGCAGGGCAGGGGCGGCCGUGAGCCCCGCCGGGCCGGGCUGGGCGGCCCCCGCUCCCUCCCGCCUCUGAAAGCAGCUGGAGGGAGGCACAGCCUCAGGUGGAGGUACUGCAGUGCCAGAGCCCCGCUGCGGAGCUCCGGAGGGUGCGUGUGUUGUUUAUGGUUUGGUUUUGGGUUUUUUUAUGACCUGGUGGAAAGGCUGAUCUGGUUUUUAGAAGAGCCCUGAAGUCGGGUCGGAAGGCAGGAAGCUGAUCGCAGGAGCCGAUUGAUUCUUGGGAGGCUCUGGGACAUUUGAAAGUGAUUUGGAGAGAGCAAAGUCUGUGUCUGAUGGACACCGAACCAGAGCCAGCGUGUGUUGUGCAGCAGGCUCACUGCCCAGGAAUGAAGUGCCCUCCUUCAGAGAACUUUCCUCCUCAGAUAAGACUGUCUGAAAAGAUACCACCAGUGAAGCCUUGCUUCAAGAAGAAGCAGCAAGUGCAGAAGAGGCUGAACACAGAAACUCUCCGGGCUUUGAGGCCAAUCUUCACCAGUUUGCUGGGAGCUGGGACCUUGGAUAGGGUCUUUGUGCCCCGGGGCCAAGGUGGCAGCCACAGUGAUUUAUGUGAACCUGCUGUGAAAAAGGCUCUGGACCUGGGUACGUCGUGCCCUCAGCCAGAAAGUAACGUGACUGUGCUGGUGCCAGCAGCUCCAGAUGUGCAGAGUCAGCUGCAGGUAGCUUGUCCUUCUUCUGGGCACCCUGAGCAGGAUGUGCAGGCAGGAGAACAAGGCUUCUCAGCAGAAACUACUCCUGGAACUGCUGCUGCUGAUAAUCGUAAUGAAUCAUUCCAGGAUCACCCCUUGCACGCAGCUUCCAGUGAUGGUGCAGCUUCUCCUGUGUUCCCAGACAAGGUUCUGGAAAGCUACACAGCUGGCUUAUUCCAGGAGAAUAGCUGCCCAAUGCAAUACAGUUUGAACCCGAGCAAUAAAUUCAGUGCUGGGAUAUUCCAGGAUAAAAGUGAAGAAGCUUCUCUUGAUCUGGUGUUUGAGCUCUUGAACCAGUUGCAAUAUCACACCCAUCAGGAAGAUGGAAUAGAAAUCUGUGUGGAUUUUCUCCAGGGCACUUGUGUUUAUGGCAGUGAUUGUCCCAAACAUCACACAGUUUUGCCUUAUCAUUGGCAAGUGAGAAGGACAGCAACCCAGAGCUGGCAAAGUGUAACCAACGAUUCCCAGGAGCAUCUGGAAAGACUCUACUGCAACCCUGACAAUGAUAGGAUCAAAGUGAAGUACCAAGGACACGAGUUUUGGGUGGAUUUGAAUGUUAUGAAAUUGUAUGAAACUGUUGAGUUUGACCAAAUGAGGAGGCUGUCCACACCUUCCUGCCCCAGCUCCACCUCCAGCUACUACACAGUCUGGAAAUACUUCUGCAGGGACCACUUUGGCUGGAGAGAAUACUCUGAGCCUGUUGUGAGGCUGAUAGAAGAAGCCAGCUGCCGGGGGCUGAAGGAGGUUCGGUUCGUUACCUGGCACAAUCAGUAUAUCCUCAACAUCAAGGAUGGCUUCCAGCAAAAUGCCUGCUUCAGGAGAGAGAUCAAGAGGAGGCCCCUGCUGCGCUCCUGCGUGGUGCUGAUGCCCUUUUUGCAGACCUUGGGUGGCAGCUCCCCAGCACCAUCCCUGCCUGCUGAGCUGCCUUCCUCACGUGGCUUAUCUCCCACUGCUCUUACCUCUCCAAACUUCUAUCCUGAAACCUGGAUUAACAUGGAUCCAUCUCAGGACUUCAUCCAAGUGCCUGUUCUGAAGGAAGACAAAAGCUACAGAACCAUUUAUAACCUGUUCCACAAGACUGUGCCAGAGACCAAAUAUAAAAUUCUGAAAAUUCUGCGAGUGCAGAAUCAGUUCCUUUGGGAGAAGUACAAAAGGAAAAAGGAAUACAUGUCCAAAAAAAUGUCAGGGCUUGACAGGAUAAUGAAUGAAAGGCACUUGUUCCACGGGACCUCCCAGGACGUGGUGGAUGGGAUCUGCAAGCACAACUUCGACCCGCGGGUCUGCGGGAAGCACGCCACCAUGUUUGGCCAGGGCAGUUACUUUGCCAGGAAAGCCAGCUAUUCCCACAACUUUUCCAAAAGGUCACCCAGAGGAGUUCAUUACAUGUUCCUGGCCAAAGUCCUGACAGGAAGGUACACAGUGGGCAACCACACCAUGAGGAGACCUCCUCCUGUCAACCCCGGCAGCGUCACCAGCGACCUCUACGACUCCUGCGUGGACAAUUAUUUUGAGCCUCAGAUUUUUGUCAUUUUUAAUGAUGAUCAGAGCUACCCAUACUUCAUUAUCCAGUACGAAGAGCUCAGCAACACCGUCUCCAUCUGAAAACUCCUGCUGCUAAGUUCUUGGGUUUGGAUGAGCUCGCUUACCUGGCAUUGCUAGCAGCUUUUGUGGGGAAAAUAAAAUAAUAAAUAAAAAACAAAAGAAUUUGGACAUUGCUGAUGAACUGACUCGCUUGGAAGGAACUAAAUCUCAACAUAGAGGAAAGAAGAUCUGGGUUGACCAAUUGUGCACUUGCUCUUUGAUUAUGUCUGUGCAAAUUUGUAAAUAUUUUUCCAUUGUUUAUAGUUGAAAAUCUGUGCCUUUUGUUAUAAAACACUGUUUAUUUAUGUUAGUAAACAUUCAUGUUUAAAAAUGG